AUGGCCGCUCUACCUCAUGCCGUUGAUGCGGAAACCCCGCUGAAGCCGUCGGAACUCAAGGUCCUGCGAGACCAAUAUGAGAAGGAGGGCGAGAUGGUGGGCGUGCAGACCAAGUUCAACUACGCAUGGGGCUUGGUCAAGUCCAACUCCCGCAACGACCAACAGCUGGGCGUGCAGCUCCUCUCGGAAAUCUUCCGCCUCUCCCCCGAACGACGCCGCGAAUGCCUCUACUACCUCGCGCUGGGAAACUACAAGCUCGGCAACUUUGGCGAGGCCAGACGAUACAACGACCUGCUGUUGGAGAAGGAGCCUGCGAACCUCCAGGCGGCCGACCUGCGCAGACUGAUCGACGACAAGGUGGCGACGGAGGGACUCAAGGGUGUCGCCAUCAUUAGCGGCGUCGCAAUCGCUGCUGGGGUCAUCGGUGGUAUCCUGUUCCGCGGCAAGAGACGGUAG